AUGGCCACAGACUUGAUCAAGGUUGAAAUCAUUGAGAGGCAAACAGUUAAACCAUCAUCCCCAACUCCUCAUUCCUCGAGAACCAUACAGCUCUCUGUUUUGGAUCAGAUGGUUCUUAGUCACGUUUACAUCCCAACGCUUCUCUUCUAUUCUGGCAACAAUAAUAUUACGGGUUCAGGAGGUGGAGCUACUUCUACAGACAUGGAGGCCAUGAGGAUGAAGGAGAGAGAUUAUUGUCAGCAUCUAAUUCGGUCAUUAGCUAAAACUCUCACUCACUUCUACCCUCUAGCAGGAAGAUUGAGUAAAGGCAAUGACAUGAUCCAAUGCACUGAUGAUGGAGCUGAGUUCGUGACGGCCCGAGUCAAAUGUUCCUUAUCGCAGAUUUUUGAACAUCCAGAUCCCGAGAUGCUAACAGGGCUCGUCCCAGCAAUUGGUCAACCUGACGGUGAUGAUGAUGGUGUUUCCACGAGGCUCCCGUUGCUUGCUGUGCAAGCCAACUUGUUCGAGUAUGGAGGAAUAGCAAUAGGAUUGAAUUUUUCACAUAAGGUUGUUGAUGGCAUCACAACUAGCGCCUUCAUCAGUUGUUGGGCCAAAACAGCCCUUGAUUCUGUUGGUGACGAUGAUCAGGUACCCUUCAUGGUCCCAAAAUUUGAUGCUGCGUCUUAUUUUCCACCACUAGAUUUCUUAAACUCAUCACAGCCAUCAUCAGCCGAGCUGGUGGGCAUCAUUAAACAAGACAAGUGCAUAACAAAGAGAUUUGUGUUUGAUGCCUCAAAGAUUGCCACCCUCCAAUCAAAUUUGGCCAGCGCUUUGGCACCUCAUGCACCGACACGAGUCCUUGUAGUUUCGGCACUCAUUUGGAAAUGUGCAAUGGAAGCAUCAUCCAAAUCAUCAAACAUACCACCAUCUUCGUUCCUACUAACUAUGGACUUGCGUAGAUGGUUUGAGCCACCCUUGCCACAAAACUUGGCUGGGAACGUUGUUGGUAUUUUAGUAGUCACCGCAACAGCAUCAUUAAAAGGUCAAGAAGAGAGUAAUGAGACAAUAGAUCUAAAAGACUUGGUUGCCAAACUCAGUAAAGGUAUUGCACAACAGAAAGAAACUUAUCCUACAAAACUACCAUUUGAUUCUAAUGUGGCAUUGCAAAGGGCUCGAGAAUAUGAAAAAUUGAGAGGGAAUGUUGACAUGUACCAUUUAUGCUCUGGAAUUUGGUGUAGGUUUCCGUUUUAUGAAGCCGAUUUUGGAUGGGGAAAGCCGACAUGGGUGAGCGUUCCUAGUAUUGGUUGUAAGGAUGCGUUUUAUCUGAUUGAUAAAAGAGAUGGCAAGGGAAUAGAAGCAUUGUUGAGUUUGAGUGAAGAAAUCAUGGAGCAUUUUGAAAGCAAUCCGGAGCUUCUUAAAUAUGCUUCUGUAAAUCCAAGGGUCAUGUAG